UACCAACCUUACAAAUAAUCAACAGUGAAACCAACCGUUUAUUAAAAAUAAUGUAAAUGAAAAACGUUUAAUUAAGUCGUUGACAGUCAGAAGGGAUCAAGACUGACUGAGACAUCCUGUCCACUGUCUUUUAAUUUAAUUAUUUAUUUAUUACUGACACUAAUUAUCAAUGAAAAUAAAUCACAAGACUAACAAAGUCUUUUUAGACAAGCUAUUACUGUAAUAUUGUACAAUAAUAAUUAAAAUAACUUGUGAUUUAAACAAUUUAAAAUUGUUUAAAGUGGCUGUUGGUUGACAAGAGUUGUUUUAAAAGUAAUAAAUGAUAAUGGAAGAAAUUGUUUUGACACCAAUCAAAAAUUCAUUGAAACGUGAACCAUCAUCUCCAAUGAGUCCAGUUAUUUAUAAGACACCAUUGAAACAAUUUGAAGCACGUAAAAAUUUUAACAAUAGCAAUGACAAAGCUAGAGGUUUUCCAGCAAUGUCUAAUCAUCGGACACCACCGUCAGGUUUGACGAAAUUUAUUGCCAGAAAUCCUUUUGAUGCUGAACUUACUAGUCGACUUCAUAUGUCAGUGAUCAGUCCCACUAUAUUUAGUAAGGUAACAACAAAAUCACACGAUUCUCCUUUUUCAUGGACAAUCGAUGAGCUGGCGAUGCUGAAACCCGUUGCUAUUGAAGAAUUUUCUCUCCAGCAGUCCCCCUGCUCAGAUCCGGAAAUUGAGAAAAAAGCCCAAGAAGCUAUCAACAAAUUUUUUAGUGCUAAGGAAAUACAUCCGAGUCCUUGGAAUGAACGACGAGAGCCUAUUAAACAGCUGAUUGUUACUCCGACUAGCUCAUUGGAAGGAUUCAAUGCUGAAGAGACUGAAAAAACUACUAGAGACUGUUGGGCACAAACGGAAUUGUCCCUUCCACCAAAUCUACCUCGACAUGUCGAAGAAGCUUUGAAACCUUAUUUCACUUUCACACAAGAACAGCAAGUUGAUAAUGACGAUGCCAAUAGCUCAAAUAAUAGUUCAUUGAGGAGAAAAUUAUUUUUCAAUCAUGAAGAUUCUAUUGAAGACGACUCCGAGUGUUCAGUAAUAUUGUCUCCAUCUAAAAUAAUUUCUAGUCCUCCUCGCAGUGGAAUGCUGGCCCACGGAACACUAAUUGGGGCAGGUUUGAAUAAUAUGCAGAGAACUUAUGACACAUCAUUUAGAACAGAUAAUUUAAUUAUACCCCCAGACAUGUCGCCUAUAUGUGACGAAUCAAAUAAUAUAUCUUGUAACAGUUUACGAUCACGUAAAUCAGCGACACGACUCGACUUCUCUACACACAUGAGUGUCGACAAUUCUAACUUGGAGGAUAAAGAAAAUGAUAAAUCUCAAUUGAUCAAUAAUCAAAAAUCUCUAGAUGAUACUAUGGCAGAUGGAGUAAACGAAGACGAGUACAAUGAAAACGAUACAGUCGAAAUGAUUUCGUUGAUUCAAGAGACAACGCCACUAAAAGAAUUUAACAAAAAUAGUAAUAAAUUAGAUAAAUUAAAAUGCGCGGUGGAUUGGUAUAAAAGUGUCAAUAAUGACAGCUACAGAGUACGCAGAAAUUUUACUUCUGCUGGAUAUUCUGAGGAUCAGAGCACCAGUGCCUUUACAUCUGCUCAAGACACUGGUUACCAGACUUACAGUAUGAACAAUACUAAUAAUAUUACAAGUAAUAAUCAUAGCUUGACACCUGUCAAAAAAGGCUUCAGUUGGGACGAACGUCAAAUAGGAAUGUCUCCUAUCAGUGAAAUAAGACUAUCUGAUUGGCACGGUAACAUCAAGUCAAUGAUUAGCUCGACUCCUUCGAAAUUAAUACGAAGCAGAGAAAAUCAUAUUUAGUGAAAUUUUAGUUAUUGAUUUAUUUUAUCAGUAUUCAAUAACUGCUCAAUUUAAUUGGAUACUAUAAACAAUAUACUUAUACCGAUAUAUUGAUAUACAAUUAACUUAGAAAAUUAACAAUAAAAUUUUUCUUAAAGUUUU